GGGCAAGGGCCGCCAUUUUGACUGAGCAACCAUAGUGACAGGAGCUGAAACAGCAGCGCAGGUUGUCCCCGUUUCCCCUCCCCCUUCCCUUCUCCGGUUGACUUUCCGGGUCCCCUACACUCCACAGUCCCGGUUCCGUCAUGUCCCAGAAACUAGAAGAAGAGAACCCUGCGGAGGAAACCGGCGAGGAGAAGCAGGACACACAAGAGAAAGAAGGUAUUCUCCCUGAGAGAGCUGAGGAGGCAAAGCUAAAGGCCAAAUAUCCAAGCCUAGGACAAAAGCCUGGAGGCUCUGACUUCCUCAUGAAGAGACUCCAGAAAGGGCAAAAGUACUUUGACUCAGGAGACUACAACAUGGCCAAAGCCAAGAUGAAGAAUAAGCAGCUGCCAAGUGCAGGACCAGACAAGAACCUGGUGACUGGUGACCACAUCCCCACCCCACAGGAUCUGCCCCAGAGAAAGUCCUCACUCGUCACCAGCAAGCUUGCGGGUGGCCAAGUUGAAUGAUGCUGCCUGGGGCUCCGCCAGAUCCUGAGACGCUGCCCUCCUGGGUCCUGUGCUGGCUCCUGCCCCUCCCUGCUUUUGCAGCCAGGGGUCAGGAGGUGGCUCGGGCACGGGCUGGAGAGGCAGAAGCCCCUGCCCAUUGCUGUCCCAAGCACAUGGAGCCCCUUGGGCUGAGCACCAAGACCUUGAACCUUUUUUGUUUUACCUUUUUUUCCAAAUAACUGUUGGGAGAAAUCUCAAUGAAAUCCCAUGGGUGGGGUUGAGAGGGUGAGUGGAAGAUUUGGGUGACUAUGAAUUAGGGUUUAGAGUUGAUGAAAACAUUCCUGACAGUCCUCCCUCUUAACCCAGCAGCUGGUGUGGGGUGAAUGUGAGGGGGAGAAAGUGGAAUAUUCUAAUGAUAUUCAGCUCUAUAGACAAAUGCCUUGUUUCAAAAUGGCUGGAGACCUAGUGUUGGAUAAAAGAAACUGUUGAUCUACAUGGAACAGAUGCAAACAGUUCUGGUUCUGCAGAGCAAGACUCAAUGUUAAUUGUUCAUUAAAAAAAAAAAAAAAAAUCCUGUCCUUGAAA